CCUGACGUUGCUGGACUCUGGACGCUCUGGUCUGCACCCGGCGGGGAAGUUAGCAAACCAGUUGAACAAGUAAUUCUGCAAAGUAUCGUCAUAUACUAAGAGCAUCAGAGAUGGCUCUCACACAAGUGUCCUCCAACAAAUGUGCCGGUGGCUUCGAGAAGGUUUUUGAACAUGAGAGCGCUGAACUCAAGUGUAAGAUGAAGUUUGCCGUCUACCUGCCUCCCAAAGCUGAGACUGGAAAAUGUCCUGUCAUGUACUGGCUCUCUGGUCUGACGUGUACAGAGCAAAACUUCAUCACUAAAGCUGGAAGUCAGCUUCCUGCUGCUGAGCACGGCAUCAUCAUCGUCGCUCCAGACACCAGCCCACGUGGCUGUAACAUCGAGGGAGAGGAUGAGAGCUGGGAUUUUGGCACCGGAGCUGGUUUCUACGUGAACGCCACCGAGGACCCCUGGAAGACAAACUACCGCAUGUAUGCCUACGUCACUGAAGAGCUCCCCAAACUGAUCAACGCUAACUUCCCCACCGACCCAGACAGAAUGUCCAUCAGCGGACACUCCAUGGGGGGCCAUGGGGCCCUGAUCUGUGCCUUGAAGAACCCUGGGAAAUACAAGGCUGUGUCCGCCUUCGCUCCCAUCUGUAACCCCAUGCAGUGCCCGUGGGGACAGAAGGCGUUCUCAGGAUACCUGGGCUCUGACAGGUCUACGUGGGAGGCGUAUGAUGCCACCGUGUUGGCGGGGUCGUACUCCGGUCCACAGCUCGACAUCCUGAUCGAUCAGGGUCGUGAUGAUCAGUUCCUGUCUGCCAGCCAGCUGCUGCCCGACAACCUGAUCGCUGUCUGCUCUGAGAAGAAGAUCCCUGUCGUCUUCAGGCUGCAGCCGGGUUACGACCACAGCUACUUCUUCAUCUACUCCUUCAUGUCUGACCACAUCAAGCAUCACGCCAAGUACCUCAACGCCUGAAGCACAGCUGUUCACCUGGUCUGCACACCUGGGCCUGCUUCACUUAGAAAUCCUGCUGCAGAAUUAAGAACAACAUCCGUCUUUUUCCCUGGUAACUAAUUGAUCAAUGAAACAAGUAAAGAGCCUGAUCAUUAAUCCAGCCAGCAGCUCACAGGCUCCAAAGCACUUAAUGUGAAGUCCACACAUUUUUGUAUGUAAUUGAGCUAAUUUAAGUCCCAGAUAAUUAGACAGUAUUAAUGAGAAUAUUGUGAAUGAAAACUUCUCUGCACACCGAUAGAGAUCAUGUGGAUUUUUUUAGUUCGGCCUUUUGUCAGUGAAGAGUCUCAGCUGUGUUUUAUAAAAUAAAACCCUCGGUUGUUCA